AGAGUGCUAUCGCCCUAGCAGUGGCUGCGGGUCCUGAGCCGAAGACCAUCGGCCCCAUAAGCGGAGAGCGAACAGGAGCGAGCUCGAGGUGGCGUGGCGGCCACUCGGCACAGCACCCUGGUGGAAAUGAGUUCUCAGCAGUUUCCUCGGUUAGGAACCCCUUCCACUGGGCUUAGCCAGGCACCUUCACAGAUUGCAAACAGUGGUUCUGCCGGGUUGAUAAACCCAGUUCCCACAGUUAACGAUGAGUCUGGCCGAGAUGCCGAUGUUGGUGCCAGGGAGCAUGUGGGCCCUAGCAGCUCCCUGCCACCCCGGGAAGAGAAGCAGGAGCCAGUCGUGGUAAGACCCUAUCCACAGGUCCAGAUGCUGCCUGCACACCAUGCCGUCGCGUCAGCCACUCCUGUCGCAGUGACAGCCCCACCAGCACACCUGACGCCAGCAGUGCCACUCUCUUUUUCCGAAGGACUUAUGAAGCCGCCCCCGAAGCCCACCAUGCCUAGCCGCCCCAUUGCUCCUGCUCCACCUUCUACCUUGUCACUUCCCCCCAAGGUUCCAGGACAAGUUACUGUUACCAUGGAGAGCAGUAUCCCUCAAGCUUCAGCCAUUCCUGUCGCAACAAUCAGUGGACAACAGGGACAUCCCAGCAACCUGCAUCACAUUAUGACCACAAACGUUCAGAUGUCCAUUAUCCGCAGCAAUGCUCCAGGGCCCCCUCUUCACAUUGGAGCUUCCCAUUUACCUCGAGGCGCAGCUGCCGCCGCUGUGAUGUCCAGUUCUAAAGUAACCACAGUCCUGAGACCAACUUCACAGUUGCCAAAUGCUGCUACAGCACAGCCAGCCGUGCAGCACCUCAUUCACCAGCCAAUUCAGUCUCGUCCACCUGUGACCACCUCUAAUACAAUCCCUCCUGCCGUGGUAGCAACUGUCUCAGCCACCAGAGCUCAGUCUCCUGUCAUCACUACAACAGCAGCACAUGCCACUGACUCAACACUGAGUCGGCCCACUUUAUCUAUUCAGCAUCCACCAUCUGCAGCCAUUAGUAUCCAGCGUCCUGCCCAGUCCCGUGAUGUAACAACAAGAAUCACACUACCAUCUCAUCCUGCAUUAGGGACACCAAAACAGCAGCUCCACACAAUGGCUCAGAAAACCAUCUUCAGUACUGGCACACCAGUGGCUGCAGCUACAGUAGCACCUAUUUUGGCAACCAACACCCUUCCUUCAGCAACCACAGCCGGAUCUGUGUCGCACACACAAGCUCCCACAAGUACAAUUGUUACCAUGACAAUGCCCUCCCAUUCAUCCCAUGCCACUGCUGUGACCACCUCAAAUAUCCCAGUUGCUAAGGUGGUGCCACAGCAGAUCACACACACUUCUCCUCGGAUCCAGCCUGAUUACCCUGCAGAGAGGAGCAGCCUGAUUCCCAUUUCAGGACAUAGGGCCUCUCCAAAUCCUGUGGCCAUGGAAACCCGAAGUGACAACAGACCAUCAGUUCCUGUUCAAUUCCAGUACUUUUUGCCAACUUACCCACCUUCUGCAUACCCGCUGGCUGCACACACCUACACCCCUAUCACCAGUUCCGUGUCCACUAUCCGACAGUACCCAGUUUCAGCUCAGGCUCCAAACUCCACCAUCACAGCUCAGACUGGUGUGGGGGUAGCAUCUACAGUCCACUUGAACCCCAUGCAGUUGAUGACAGUGGACGCUUCUCAUGCUCGACAUAUCCAAGGGAUCCAGCCAGCACCCAUCAGUACCCAGGGAAUCCAACCAGCUCCCAUUGGGACACCAGGGAUCCAGCCGGCACCAAUUGGCACACAGGGAAUCCACUCAGCAGCCCCAAUCAGUACACAGGGGCUUCAGCCGGCAACAAUGGGCACCCAGCAGCCACAGCCUGAAGGAAAGACCUCAGUGGUGUUAGCAGAUGGAGCCACAAUUGUAGCCAACCCUAUUAGUAAUCCAUUCAGUGCCGCUCCAGCAGCAACAACUGUGGUGCAGACCCACAGUCAGAGCGCUAGCGCCAACACACCAGCCCAGGGCUCCUCCCCUCGGCCAAGCAUACUCCGAAAGAAACCAGCCACAGAUGGAAUGGCAGUUCGGAAAACCCUCAUUCCUCCUCAGCCUCCUGAAGUGACUAGUCCUCGAGUGGAAAGCUCCAUGCGGAGUGCAUCUGGGUCACCUAGGCCGGCAGGUGCCAAACCUAAAUCCGAAAUCCACGUGUCUAUGGCCACUCCAGUCACAGUGUCCAUGGAUACCGUAUCCAAUCAAAAUGCUGAACAACCUACCAUUGCAGUCCCACCCACUGCCCAGCAGCCUCCACCAACCAUUCCAACCAUGAUUGCAGCAGCCAGUCCUCCAUCCCAGCCAGCCAUCUCCCUUUCAACCAUUCCUGGAGCAGUCCCCAUCACUCAACCCAUCACUACCAUUGCAGCUGCACCACCGCCAGCAGCAACUGUGGGUGGCAGUCUUUCCACUGUUCUGGGGCCUCCUGUUCCUGAGAUCAAAGUAAAAGAAGAAGUAGAACCAGUGGACAUCAUGAGGCCUGUUUCUGCAGUUCCUCCUCUGGCUACCAACACUGUGUCUCCAUCCCUUGCUUUGCUGGCAAACAACCUGUCUAUGCCUACAAGUGACCUACCACCUGGUGCCUCCCCAAGGAAAAAGCCUCGAAAGCAGCAACACGUCAUCUCAACAGAAGAAGGGGAUAUGAUGGAGACAAAUAGCACUGAUGACGAGAAAUCUACUGCCAAAAGCCUUUUGGUGAAGGCUGAGAAGCGCAAGUCUCCUCCCAAAGAAUAUAUUGAUGAAGAAGGUGUGAGGUAUGUCCCAGUGCGGCCCAGACCUCCCAUUACUUUACUUCGUCAUUAUCGGAACCCUUGGAAAGCUGCUUACCACCACUUUCAGAGAUAUAGUGAUGUCCGAGUUAAAGAGGAGAAGAAAGCUAUGCUACAGGAAAUAGCUAAUCAGAAGGGAGUAUCCUGUCGUGCCCAAGGCUGGAAAGUCCACCUCUGUGCUGCCCAGUUACUACAGCUGACAAACCUAGAACAUGAUGUUUAUGAAAGACUUACCAACCUUCAGGAAGGGAUUAUCCCAAAGAAAAAAGCAGCAACUGAUGAUGAUCUGCAUCGAAUAAAUGAGCUAAUACAGGGAAACAUGCAGAGGUGUAAACUGGUGAUGGACCAAAUCAGUGAAGCCAGAGACUCCAUGCUUAAGGUUUUAGAUCAUAAAGAUCGGGUCCUGAAGCUCCUCAACAAGAAUGGGACUGUCAAGAAAGUGUCAAAGUUGAAGCGAAAGGAAAAAGUGUAGACCUAGAAGAAUCAGGACUUGGAAACAGAAUUUAUGAAGAAUGACAAUGUGGGUGGGGGGGAGGGCUUUGGCUACUUUCACAAUGGAACAUUGACAUGUAGGACAUUUUCCUUCAUUGACUGGAGGAAGCAGAGGGACCCAGAGCAUCCAGUGGCACAGAAGGAUCAAAACUGAGCUGACACAGUGAGCAGGCUCCUCUAGGCUCAUCCCUGUUACUCCUGCCCUGUCUUCAGUGACUCCUGAUACUUGUUGACACAGAUGACCCAGCUGGGAGUUUCAGACUUUCAGUCCAUAGACUGCAGGACCCAUACUGAGCCUGAACUGAAAGUAUCCACUAGGACCAUCUGUUAUCUCUCUGCACUAAAAAUAAAACCUCUUCUCACCCCAGUCAGUUCUUCUGUUUAACCUUCAAAUGCCUGUUAGCCUUCUGCAGUGGUGCCACAGUACCCAGAGAGCUGCCACAUCUCACACAAAAAGGUUCCAACCAUCAAUUCUGGUCAGUUUUUUUUGUUGUUGUUUUUUUUUUUUUUAAAGAACCAUUUCCAAGUGAAGUUGUUAGGUUGUCUGCCCUUCAUGUAUCAGAACCAGAUUUUUGUGGCUAAUCAAAGCAGGCAACACUAAGCUGUUCUGAGGUCCUGUUCUGGAGUACAUUCUCAGUUAUCUGUACUUCCUGCUGGUGUGAUGCUGUUAAUCGUAUGUACCAUGCAUCUCGAAAUGUUAAUAAAGGACUUGAAGAGGUUUUUGUACAUGA